AGGAGAUCCAGGAAGAUCUCGGGGCGGGGAAGGGAGCUGGGCCCUGAGCUGGCUGGCAAGGAGUGCGAUUGAUGGGCCCGUGGUGCCGGGCGAGGCGGUGGGCUGUGCCGUAGUGCUGUCUUUGCAAGGAGAACGGAGUCGCGGCCGAGUUUUGGGGUAACGGAGCUCUGCGUUUGCCUCACAGCUGCAGGAGAGCGAGGCCAGAAUGGGAGAGGCUGAUGGAGAACGUGCCAGCCAGAAAGACACGGGCCUGUGUGCGCUGUGCCGUGCCCACAUUGCUGUAACAAACGUGGUGGAAGUGCUGAGAUCUUUGGUGGCUUUAACUGACCCUCGGGAGGGAAAGCUGACUCAGUCUCAAGAGAAAGCAUUAAAGUUGCCGGGCAUUUGGAAGACCAUACAUAUAGCCUUUCCUGGGCCUACAUCAAGGACAUCAGUGGAGUGAUAGCUCAAAGAUGGGAGACCAGGAUGAUGGUAAACCCUUCCUGGGCACUGGGGCUGCCAGUGCUGCAGACUACGAAGGAGUUCAGCCCUCUGACACAGUGUCGCUCAGCGAUUCUGAUUCUGAUGAUUUAGGGUUAGCAGAUGAAGCAGAAGUUGAUACAGUAUCUCCUGAGGAUCCAUCUGUAGAUGACGGGGAUUACAGAUCAGGGGACGCUGCUGACCCGUCAGACAACACCGAGAGAUCUCCUGUUCAGCCGUUCCAUCUGAGGGGCAUGAGUUCUACAUUCUCUCUCCGCAGCCAGAGUAUUUUUGAUUGCUUGGAGGAGGCAGCCAAAUUGUCUGUGCCCUCAAUGUCUGAAGAUAAUGUUGUUGAUGGGAGAUUUAAACGUCCCUUACCUCCAACUACCGUGUCAAGUAAUGUGGUACCAGAAAGCCUUGGAAAGCCAACCAGACCGGUGCAGGCUCCCAGAAUGUCUCCAGCAGUGCCUGACUAUGUGGCACACCCAGAGCGCUGGACCAAAUACAGCUUAGAUGGAGUGUCAGAGUCUAGUGACAAGACUAACAGGGCAGUGGCCAUGGAAUUUCUAGAGGGCUUGAAGAAAAGAGGAGAGGAACAAAGCUCAGCUGCUCAAGAUAGCUAUACCCCAUAUUUCAACCAGGACCCUUCCAGCUGUGGAGCUGGGAGGAUUGUAUUCACUAAACCUGCAAAAAGGAGUGUUGAUGGACUAGAAAAGAAAAUAUUGGCAGGAGAGGGUGAUAAGAAACACAUCAAAACAGGUCCGAAAGGAAAAUCUGUAAAGACUGAUGACUUGAGGGAGGAGGAUAAGGUAGAGCUGGGACACUUAGAUGGUGGUAGUAGAAAAGCAACAGAGGAGGAGGGAUGCCUGAUGGUGGAGAACCUGAAUACAGAAGGUGAGCAUGGUGUGGGUGAAAAGCCAUUGGCAGAAAAAGUUGGAUUCCAUUGCAGCAAGAAGAGAAAUAGGAAAAAUUUCCGACCUAAAGUAGAUGACGAAGGAGAGGAGGAAGAGUCUUGAGUGAUGGAACAAAUCAGAAACAUGCAAGAAUUUGUAUCCUCUUGGGAUUUGCUUGGUUUUGUUGUUAUAUUUUUGGUUUUUUUUAAUCAGGGACCCAUGUGAUACCAUUUUGUUUUACUAACGGUUUGCUUUUUAGCCACCCAGAUCACUUUCAUUUUUAGAAAUUAAGCUACCAAAAAUACAUUAAAGACUUUUUGUUAGUGAGAACUCUGCAGGCGAAGGAUAGUUGCAGUCUCUCAGGAGAGAAUAAAGUGAGCUUUGUUUGCUUGAGCAGCUCCCUGGGGCUUGCACUGGAGCUCAAGUCAUCAUGAGCACCACAGAAAAAACAGUUAGCUAAAAUGCUGCAAGGCAUCCUCAUUACCCCAAAUUUAGAGCUUUUCUUAAGUCUUGUAGAAUCCAGGAACAACAGUGAUGAGAUUAUCAUGUAGAGUUGUUUAAACAAUGAAAAUAAAACCAAGUCUUCCACUAGAUUUGAUUUCUCCUGACCUGUCCUUUUUUCGUUCUCUUUGAAAUUGAGAGUACAUCAUGAGAGGGCCCAGGUGGGAACUGGCAAACCAACUAUUUUUUAAUGUGAUCUCAAAUAUUUAACUUACUUACUGUUACAUGGAAAAAAAGAGUUUGAGAAAAUACCAUUUUUCUUGCAGAUGGACACAACUUUGCAAAACAUUCUAGUAAAGACACGCUGAAGAUCACUUCAGCCAAGUCUCUUCAUGUUGAGUGUAGAUCAGUUACACAACAACUUCUUUUAGUACUAUGAUGUGUUGAUUUUUUUGCUUGCAUAUUUGUUUAGCCUUUCCAGAUGGCACUGCUUCCAGAUUUCUUGGUGUACCUUUGGUGGGAAUCAGGGUGUUUAUAGAAGUGGGUGCUUUUUAAUUUGGAAUUCAAUAAACUUUCAGUUGUACUUUGA